AUGGAACUCCAACAAGAAAAUAUAACUUUAGUGAAGAAAGUAUGUGAGAUCUAUGAAAAACUUUCGAAGUUUGAAACACUCAAACACUGUAACGAAAUUGACAACCUCUACAAUGAACUUGUCGACACAUGUCUCCUACACUCUUCUAUCAACAUAGCCGCUCUACCCGAAAAUAUUCAAGAACUUAGGUCUAAGCUCAUUAGACUAUGUGGUGAGGUUGAGACCCAACUUGAAGUUCACUUCUCCAUGAUUUUAGGCUCUUUAAAAAAUCCCCUUCACCACCUAAACAUAUUUCCUAACCACUCCAAUCACCUCAAGCUUACUCGUGUUGAGUACAACCUUCUCAAUCAACACUAUUCUACCACAACACAAGCCCCCAAGCAGUUGGCAUUUGUGGGAUCUGGCCCCUUACCCCUCACAUCAAUCCUCUUGGCCUCUUACCAUCUCAAGGAAACAACUUUUCACAACUACGACAUUGACUUGUCGGCAAACUCAAUGGCCUCUCCCCUCGUUGCAUCUGAUGAUGACUUGUCCAAAAGAAUGUUCUUCCACACUACCGACAUAGUGGAUGUGACUGAUGAGUUGAAAGAUUAUGAUGUUAUUUUCUUGGUUGCGCUAGUGGGGAUGGAUGUUGAUGAAAAAGUUAAGGUUAUACAACGUUUGGCCAAGUUCAUGGCCCCUGGCGCCAUCGUCAUGCUAAGGAGCGCCCAUGGUACUCGUGCAUUUCUCUACCCAGUGGUCGACCCUUAUGUUCUUCAGGGGUUGGAUAUUCUUACGAUUUUCCAUCCAGAUGAUCAUGGGCGAAAUGAUGAUGUCAUAAAUUCUGUUGUGAUCUCACGUAAGUAUUUGAAGCCAUGA